CUAGACGGCGACGGCGAGGAGCGGCGUUGCGAUGAGCGCUGGUCCAAAGUCACCGCCUUCUCUCUUGUGUUGGGGAUGGAAGUGGCCAUGGGAUCCCAAUCCCUCAAACCCCUCUCCUUGCGGCAACUUAGAAGCUCCCUGGCUCUUCAAAUCUCUCCAAACCCUCGCCUCGCUCGGGCAAGACCUCCUGCUCAGAACCCAAACGCCCUCGCCCUCCUCGAUCCCUCCUCGGCCGGCGAGGCCUGCCGCUUCUCGCACCUGGAAUGAGCAAGGGGAGGCCGAGCAUCGCGCCCUGGCGCUGGCGCUGGCGAGUGGGAAGGAAGCGACCGUGAUCGAGUUCUACUCCCCAAAGUGCCGCCUUUGCAACUCCCUGCUCGAUCUCGUAUUCCGGAUUGAGGAGAAGAACUCGGACUGGGUCGGGUUCGUCCUAGCCGAUGCGGAGAACGAGAUGUGGCUCCCUGAGGAAAUCGAAGCUGCAAGUUGGCUUGAAAAAGGAUUUCUAGAUGCCCCGGAAAGGUCUGGGCGCCCGGAGUGGGUCUGGGGGCUUAGAUUGGCCUGAAACCAGUCACUUGUUCAGAUGAGUUAGCGCACUCAGAUUGGCCGGUACACGUCAGCGUCCAGGCGUUCGGAGGUGGUCCAGGUGCUCGGAGUUGGAUAAAAAUUUCACGGAUAGAGCUUCACCGAGGUGCAGCCAUAUCAGCAAUCCAGGCACCUAGGGGUGGUCCAGACACUCGCAGGUGGAUAAUCUAAGAUCGGAUAGGCUCUAAUCCAGGUGCCCGGGGGUGAUCCUGGCGAUCAGAAAUGCCUAUAAAAGGAGCUUCGACCAGUAGCUUUAAACAAUCAAUUGCUAUAACUUCCGUACUCAUACUCUAAAAAGCUCUCUACGAUGCCGAAAUGCCACUCCGACAACUACUCCCAAGCUUCAACACAAAGUUGUCGGUAUAUUUGUAUUUACUUACAUCUUAAUUUUCUAUAUCGUUGUAAUUAUUCGGGUUUAUAGUGGAUUGCCCGACGAAAGCACUCAGCGAGUGCUGUCCUUGGAGUAUGAGUCAUCGAAGGCUCCGAAUCCAGUAAAAGAAACUUGUGUUAGCCGUGUUUUUUUUGUAUAAUUCUUUUCCACCGCUUUCUUUGUGUUUUUACGAAAAAGUGAAAAAACGACUCACGCUAUUCACCCUCCCUCUAGCGCUUUGCGAUCCUAUAAUUUCUUCAUCCAUAGCUCCUCUCCAUUUCUCAUCCUCUUUUUCUUCUUCUAAGCUUAAAGGCUCAAUAUCUGCAAGUAAACAAAACAAACUUAUUUCAUUAAUAGCAUGAGUCUCAUUAUAAAUAUCAUCAUGGCUUAGAUAUUUUGGAAUAUUUUCUCCUAAAGAUGAUCCUGGUGUGAUUGAUAAACUAGGUGCAUGUGGAGUUGCUGGUGGAGUAGAUUCCUCUUGGACUUCUUGUUCCAUAUGAAAGUAAGGAAGGAAAUCAUAAGACUCUUGUUCUUCCUUAACGAUCCAAUCCCAUGAUGCAUCUUCAUUAAAUUCUACAUCUCUGCUAAUCACAACUCUUCGUUUGUGUGGAUUGUACAAUCUGUACCCCUUGGAAUUUUGAUCAUAUCCAAUGAAAAUAAGUUUUUGACUCUGAUCAUCUAACUUGGAUCUUUCUGGUUCAGGAACAUGUACAAAUGCAAUGGAUCCAAAUAUUCGUAGAUGUGAUACACUUGGCUUCUGCCCACUCCGUACUUCUUGAGGUGUUACAUUCUUCAAUAUCUUUGUUGGAGAUUGAUUUGACAGAUACACAACAUAUGUCACAGCUUCAGCCCAAAACUCCUUAGGCAUGUCUUUAGAUUUUAACAUACUCCUUGCUCUAUUAAAUAUUUUCUUGUUCUUCCUUUCAACAAUUCUG